AUGAAGCACGUGAGAGAGAUCGGGGAGGAGAGGAAGAGGAGCAGCUUGAAGAGGAGGCUGAUGAUGAGGCUCAGGAAAGACGGCUACCAUGCGUCCCUCUGCAGGUCUUCUUGGGUUGCCACCACUGAGCACCCGGGAGGCGACUACGAGUACAUCGACGUCGUGGUGCCGAGGGAGGAGCACGGCGCGGGCGCGGGCGCGGCCACCUCCUCCAGCAGCUCCAGGCUCGUCGUGGACACCGACUUCAGGUCCCAGUUCCAGCUCGCCAGGCCGGCGCCAUGGUACGCGCAGCUCUGGGCUCGGCUGCCGGCGGUGUUCGUGGGCCCCCGUGCGAAGCUCCGGAAGGCGGUGUCCCUGCUCUGCGCAGAGGCGCAGCGGUCGCUGCGCGAGAGCGGCCUGCACGUCCCGCCGUGGCGGAGGUCCGGGUACAUGCAGGCCAAGUGGCUCCCCGGCGACGUGACGCUGCCCGGCGGGGCCCCGGACGAGGUGGCGGCGGCACAGUGGUCGGUGGCGAUGGCGAGGGAGCCACGCGGCGGGGCCCGGAGACCAGGCGCGGGCGGCCUCUCGAUGGCGAUGGCGCUGUCCGGCUCCCGCGCUGACCGCUGA